CCAAUAGCCAACAUAAAUAAAAAAUAUAACAUAACCUGAAGAAACAAUUAUUUUAAGGCAAUAAACAUUUUUAUUAUAAAAUGAAUAAAUUAACAUCCUAUAGUAUAAAAGAAAUUCAUAAGUCGUUUCGUGAAAAACUUUUAACACCAACAAGUUUUAUUGAUUUGUGUAUUCAACGUGCGAAACAAACGAAAGAAUUAAAUGCUUUUAUUAUUUUAACGGACGAAAUAGCUGAAAACCAUGCAAUUGAAAGUGAAAAACGGAUAUAUAUUGAAAAGAAAAGCCUACCAUUGGACGGCAUUACAAUCGCUAUAAAAGAUAACUUUUGUACUAAAAAUGUAAACACAACCUGCGCUUCGAAUAUGUUAAAAAAUUUCGUACCCACAUAUAACGCAACUGUUUAUUCUCGACUUCUAAGUUCUGGCGCCUGUCUUAUUGGAAAAUCGAAUUUAGAUGAAUUUGCUAUGGGUUCGGGCACUGUAGAUUCAAUUUUCGGUCCGACUCGCAAUCCAUGGUGUAGCAGUGAAGAUUGGAGAAUAUCAGGAGGUAGUUCAGGAGGAAGCGCGGUAGCUGUGGCGACUGGCGCUUGUGUAGCUGGCAUAGGCUCCGACACGGGCGGAUCAACAAGAAAUCCUGCAGCUUUAUGUGGUGUUGUCGGUCUUAAACCUACCUAUGGCUUAGUUUCUAGAUAUGGAUUAAUACCUUUAGUCAAUUCUAUGGACGUGCCGGGCAUUUUAGCUCGAAAUAUCGACGAUUUAACUAUGAUAUUAAAUUGUGUAGCUGGACCUGAUAUUUUGGACUCGACAACCUUAAAGCAAAAAUUUAAACCUGUUAAAAUUGAAGAUAAUAUUGAUUUGUCUGAAAUUAAAAUUGGUAUACCGAGUGAGUAUUAUUCUGAAGGUAUGAGUGAAGAGGUGUUAGAUGUAUGGAGAUGUGUUACAGAUUUGUUAGAGAAAGAAAAUUGUCAAGUCAGAAGUGUUUCAUUACCCCAUACAUCUGUGUCCAUCGCUGUAUAUUCAAUAUUAAACCAAUGUGAGGUGGCAAGUAAUAUGGCAAGAUAUGAUGGAUUAGAAUAUGGAUUAAGGGCGGCAGAAGAUUAUUCAACAGAAGAAUUGUACGCUUCAACACGAUCAGAAGGCUUUAAUAAUGUUGUACGAUCUAGGAUAUUUGCUGGAAAUUACUUUUUACUGGCUAGAAAUUAUGAGAAAUACUUUCUAAAAGCCUUAAAGUUGCGCAGAUUAAUAGCAAAUGAUUUUAAUCAAGUUUUUAAUGGUGAAAAUUCAGUGGACUUGCUAUUGACGCCAACAACAUUAUCGGAGGCUCCGUUAUAUAAAGACUUUACCUCGACACAUAAUAGAGAUCAAUGUGCGUUACAAGAUUAUUGCACACAACCUGCCAAUAUGGCAGGGAUACCAGCCAUUUCAAUACCUAUCAGAUUGUCAAAGAAUAAUAUGCCUUUAUCUAUACAGCUGAUGGGGCCGUUUUUAUCUGAACAACUUUUGUUGAACAUAGCCAAGAAAAUUGAAAGUUUAGUUGACUUUCCAAGUCUGAAAAUGUAAUUAAUGAUUGUAAUGAGUAUUAGUAUUAUUAUAUAUUGUGUUAUGUGUUAUAAG